GCUAAAAGUUCUAUCAAAAUGCGCGUUGUUUAUGUCUUGUUGGUAUGUUUAUGUAUGCCAUUAGGGGUAAAGACUACGACAGAAACCAACAGAGAGGACGAUGGAUUUCUUAACUUCUUGCAGUCCUACUUUUCACAAGCAAUGAGAGAAAAACGUGCGGUAUCAAGCAGUGAAACUACAAAGAUCGGUGUACUGGAAAAUAUCGAUGGUACAAACAGUAAAAUAAAACCUAAUGAUGAAACGCAGAUCGUCACGGAGUUGUUGGCCAUGUCGUGCUCGUAUUGUCAACAGAAGAAAGACUGUGUCUGCAUGGCAAAAUACUGCCAGAAGGGUUGCGAUGUGUCGCCGUGAUUGAUAAAGACACAUGGUACAUGGUUUGAUUCAAAGUUUACUGGAAAAUGGAAAGCCAUUCCAUGCUUUUCUUACAGUGGAUCCGCUGUAAUUUAGCAUAUUGAUGUUAAGUUAUUUACUGACAUAUUUCAUAAAUAUAAAAUAUCUGCCAUAUGCAAAGUAUAGAGUGCGUGUUUUAUGUAAUUCUAUAUUAUAUCGAAAUAAAUGACAAGUGUAGUUGGAAACGUUUGUUUUCCUUGAAUGCAUUGUGACCCAAAAACUAUAAAUAUAUGUAUACAUACUUGGGAUGUAUU